AGCUUCGAGGUUUUGUCUUCGUUCACAAUCCAAAAUCCAAAGAUCAAAUUGAUGAAAUUUGGCAUCUUAUGAGAAACUCCGGAUUUUCUCAACUUCAAUCUUCAAAACUAUCUAUAGAUAAUAUAGAUAUGCCGAUAUCUAGUUAAACAAAAACGCUCUAGCUUUUCCUUCAUUUCAGUUAUGUUAUUGCUUCAGCGAAGAGCUACAACGAUGAGCUGGAGAAGAGUCGUCAAAGCUCUACAGGCCUUAGCCACACACCUUUCUCUCUUCUCCUUCACUCUGCUCCUCGUUCUCAAGCUCGAUCGCAUCGUCAGUUACUCGUGGUGGACAAUUUUUAGUCCUCUAUGGUUGUUUCAUCUAAUUAUAGCUCGAGCUAGAUUCUCCUUACCUGCACCAACAGUGCCUAAUGAUCGACGGUGGGCGCCUUUUCAUGCUGUAAUGGCUAUGCCUUUGGCUGUUGCAUUUGAACUACUACUUUGUGUAUAUCUCCAGAAUAUAUAUGCUGUGAACUUGAAGAUUAUCUUCUUUCCUUUGCUGACACUUGAAAUAGCAAUUUUGGUUGACAAUGUUAGGAUGUGUAGAGCCUUGAUGCCUGGGGAUGAAGAAAUAAUGAGUGAUGAAGCAAUGUGGGAGACACUUCCUCACUUUUGGGUUGCAAUUUCUAUGGUCUUUCUAAUUGCUGCGACAACCUUUACUCUUCUAAAGAUAUCUGGUGAUGUGGCUGCUCUUGGCUGGUGGGACUUAUUUAUAAAUUUCGGUAUUGCAGAGGGAUUUGGCUUUAUCAUUUGCACCAAGUGGCAUAAUCCUGCUAUCCAUAGGCAUCCAAUUGAUCAGGACCAAACUGGAAUGUGCAGUUUGCAGGACAUUGGUGGCCACAUUAUGAAAGUCCCAUUAAUUGGUUUCCAAAUUCUACUUUUUAUGCACUUAGAGGGAACACCAGAUGGAGCUAGACACAUGCCAAUGGCAGUUGUUUUUUCUCCUCUUUUGUUUCUCCAAGGAACUGGCAUCUUAUUUACUAUUUAUAGAUUAGUAGAGAAACUUGUUCUUCUAGUACAUGGUGGAGAUGGUUCGGAAACAUAUCUUAGAAUAUCUUCAAGAGCUCAAGAAUGCUUUGGCUUCAUGAUAAGGGGAUCAAGGUUGCUAGGAUGGUGGUCUAUAGAUGAAGAAAGUCAAAGAGAACAAGCUCAACUUUAUUAUGGUGAUUGCUCUGGGUACAACACAUUCUCUCCUGAAGCUGUGAAGAAAAUGCCAAGGUCUGAUCUAGCAGACGAGGUUUGGAGGCUACAAGCAGCAUUGAGUGCACAGAGGGAGAUAACAAGGUUUAGUCAGCAAGAGUUUGAAAAACUACAAAAUGAAAAGGUAUUGUGCAGGAUUUGCUUUGAAGAGCAGAUAAAUAUUGUUCUUCUUCCUUGCAGACAUCACAACCUUUGCAGCAUAUGCUGCGAGAAGUGUAAACGGUGCCCAAUCUGUCGUGAAGCUAUUGAAGAACGGUUACAUGUAUCAAAUGUAUAGCCUUGGAGAACAUUUUUAACACUACUUGUAUAUGUUCUUACAGAUAACCUCACAUCAUCAAAUGAUUUUUUUAAACAUUAUUGUGUAUAGAAAGAUAUACUGAUCAAUGGAACAUCAACAAUUAAUUAAUUGAUCCCUUUUUUUUAUUAUGGGA